CUUGUUUAUUAAGGGUGUCGCUCUUGGUAUGGGAUCGAGCGUACUUGAUAUUUGUUUUUUAUUAAUCGCAGUGAUCAGAAUGGAACAAUGAGACGGUGAAGGUUACAGUUCAGUGGCAGAGCUGCAUGUCGGCGCUUCUGGACGAGGAUGAGGGAUCUUCAGGGUAUUAACAGCUUGCUCUUGAAGGAGCUGAAAUUAUGCAGUGCGAAAGAGUACAACUUUCUGCCCAGGGAAACAGGCCUGAACCUGAUGGAGUCCACAUCCCCGGAGAUUCACAGUGGAGUGUCUGCAAAAUGCAGAGACAACAAGGUGGAAGAACUGUGGAGCCUGACCAGUUUCUUUGGCUACAGGACUCAAACUUUUGUGCAAGCCGUCAAUUUGCUCGACAGAUUUCUCGCCAUCAUGAAGGUGCAGCCCAAACACGUGCCCUGCAUCGGAUUGUGCUGUCUGCACAUCGCUGCCAAAAUGGUCGAGGAGGAGAGCAAUGUCUCACCCACUCAUGAACUCAUUCGCAUCAGCCAAAGCAGGUUCACCGUGUCCGACCUCAGCCGCAUGGAGAAAAUUAUUUCGGAGAAACUCUGCGUGGAUCCCAACGUUGUAACAGCCCUGACCUUCCUGCACCUCUACCACUCGGCCGUCGCCUCUCUGCUUGCUGAAAGGGAGGAGAUCCCAAGCAUUGGGAGGCUGGAAGCGCAGCUAAAAGCUUGCUUAUGCCGGCUUGUUUUCUCUAAAGCAAAACCAUCGGUGCUGGCACUGUCCCUCAUUGCCCAGGAGUUUGAAGCACUACAGUCUGCCACGUUGUUGAAGAUUAUCCAGCAAUUUCAAAAGCAUCUAAGGAUCGGUGACAGCGAGCUCCUCCACUGGAAGGAACUCGUGGCCAAAUGUAUGAUUGAAUACCACUCGAGUGAAUGCAACAAACCAGACAACAAGAAGCUCGUUUGGGUCGUGUCCCGGAGAACCGCACAAAGUCUGCAGACUUGUUACUUCAGUGUUCCCGGUCUGCCGACUAUUCCUGAGAUGAGCUGGGAUGAAAGCGACAGUGAGGACUCCUGUGAGGACCUGACUAGCGGCGAAGACAGUCCAUGCGGCUCUUUAGGAAGUGAUGGCGAAGGAGCCUUCUUCCCCUCCUCAUUCCACAACUGUGCAGAGGGCUGACCAAUGGGAAGACAUCUGCUAUGUCUUUCAAUUUAAUACCUUUCUGGAGCAGGCUUGUGUGUUAAUGUGCAUGUUUUGGAUGUUAAAGGUGAAUUUGUUUUCCUGGUGUUACUCCUGCUAGACCCUGCCCUUAAUCUCAGUACACCUAAGCCUGCAUCUACUUUGUAAAUUUACAACAACAACAAAAAAAAAAACAGGCUGAUGCAUCAUCAGCUGUACCUGAUUAUUUUUAUAUCAGUAUGGCUAUGUAUCCUGUUAGGGGAGGAAAAAAGUUAAAACCAAACUACAUCAGAAUACAUCCAACUAGAUCUUUGAAUGGUUGUUAUGGCAAUAAAAUAUUUGUAACAAAGAAAUUACUUCUGCUUGUGAGUGUAGUGGCUGGAGUAGCUCCCACCUCUUGUUUGACAGGGUUGUUAGCCCUACUUUUCAGCUUGAACACAUGCAGAGUAGGGAUAGGGUUGAGGGGUAGAUGGAGAUUUGUCCUAUUUGUGUAUAUGCAAAAUGUUAGAUUGUCUACAAUAAAGUGCCUAUGUUAAAUAAGCUUGCUUUCUGCUUCAGUAAUAAAUAUGUGACAUACAGCAUCUUAAAAAUGCAGUCUAGGAAAGUGUAAUACUUGUGGCAGCUUGAUAAUAACAAAACCUUAAAAGUCGUCUUCCAAGUUAUUUCUCUCUGUGUUUUUGUCCAACUGUGACACAUGUAAGGAGAAAUGGUGAAGCACAAAAGACUCAAGGAUGCCUAUGUUGCACAUACCAGCCACCAUCCUCAGUAGCUGUUUUUUAUUUUUUUGUUUACUGUUUUUUACCAUUUAAUAGCAUGCAGUGUUCUGUAUAUACACACGUAUGUUUCCUCACAUUAUUCCCGUUUGUCAUUGCAAUGUUAUUAUGACUAAACUGUAAAUAGAUGAUGCAUUCAAAUGUGAAUAUGCUCGUUGUUCAUGUUAACCAAGAUAAGCUCACAUCAGUGACAAAAUGUAAAAUGUAAAACAAAAUUUAAAGAACAUGUAAAAGAAGUGAUAAAAAUGUUUUUGUGAUGUCUCAUACCAGUUACUGUACUUAUAUUUUAUGUGGAAUACAGAGAAAUGACACAAAUAACCCGUAUAAAUAAAAAAAUAUAUUUUUUA